CAUAAGAGAAGAAGCAGCAGCAGCAGCAAAAGACAAACCUUUGGUGCAUGAGGGAACAUGGAGAGGUCAGAGCACCAUGUGAGAGGAACGUCCAGGAGGAAGAGGAGGAGGAGGAGUAAAAUCAAAGGUACAAGCACUCUGGAAGUGAAAGAGAAUCAUAAAAUCCAGGUGGACUGCAAUUUGCUACCAAAGCAUCACCCGGCAACUUUUUGCACAACCAGAGACGGAUCGAGAGUGGUGAAGGCGAAGCAGCCGCUGGAGGAUGGAAAAGAUCGGCUGCUCUACCAAAGUAAGAGAGCAGCGUGGACGGUGACUCACAAGAACCCAGUGGUGCAGCUGAACGAGUUACGACCCGGGCUGCGCUACGAGAUCACGACGAAGGCCGGUCCCCUGCAUGCCCCGGUGUUUUCUGUCACUGUGGACGUUGAUGGUCUCCACUUCGAGGGUCGAGGCCCAACAAAGAAGUGGGCAAAGACAAAGGCCGCGGAGUUGGCUCUACGAUCCUUCGUCCAGUUCCCAAACGCGUCACAGAUUCACGCUGUCAUGGGGAACUUUACCAACACAUCGACGGACUUUACGGCAGAUAAACUAGACGUCUCUGAUGUGUUCCUCAAAGACUCAGAGCCUGAAAACUGUCAUCUCACUGUCAACAACUCAAAACAGGAAUCUUUCUCCAGCAUUUACAACCACAAACGACUUGUUCACCUCACACUGGACUUGGUCACCUCAGCAAAUCCAAAAUGUCAAGCCCUUGGCACGCCGUUUCUAGAGCACCGGAGUUCAGUGGUGCUGCUCAACCAGCUUCGACCAGGACUCCGGUACACGUGCCUGGCAGAGAGAGUCCGCGGCAGGUUGACGAGGAGUUUCGUGAUGGUGGUCGCGGUGGAGGGCAGGGUGUUUGAGGGGUGUGGUCGUAGUAAAAAGCUGGCGAAGGCUCGGGCGGCUGGAGCGGCUCUACAGUCCCUGUGCAACAUUAGUCUGGGACCAGAGAGGAAGGUCAUGAGGUUCCAGGGCAGCAGAGACAAAAAUCAACUACCUCAAUUUUUCGCAGAGUCCAUUUUCCACCUGGUGAGAGAGAAAUACACAGAGUUGACAGCCGCUACCUCGCACGCCCACCGUCACAAGGUCCUGGCAGGGAUCGUAAUGACCAGAGGGUUUGACCUCAGAUCAGCUCAGGUCGUGUCACUGGCCACAGGGACAAAGUGUCGGAACUUGCACAUCGCAAGCGACCGCAACUGGACGCUCAACGACUGCCACGCAGAAGUCCUCAGCCGGAGGGCGCUGCUUCGCUUCCUAUACGCUCAGCUGGAGCUGCUGCUCUGUGAGUCCGCCGACCAUGAGGAACGAUCCGUCUUUAUACGAGGUGGCGGCGGCGGCCUGCGGCUGCGGGACAGCGUCCUCUUCCACAUGUACGUGGGCUCGUCCCCGUGCGGAGACGCUCGGCUCAACUGUCCCUAUGAAAGCACGGCGGCAUAUUCCAGCAGGAGGUUUCAAUGUCACCUCAGAGUGAAAGUGAACGGCGGCGAGGGAACACUGCCCAUCACGCCGCGCAGAGCGGCCAAUCAGCCACAGGACGGUGCGUCGCCGGGGAAACCACCAGUCACAAUGUCGUGCACCGACAAAAUGGCAAAGUGGAGCGUUGUUGGACUGCAGGGGGCGCUCCUGUCCCACCUGGUGGAGCCGGUUUACCUGCACAGCCUGACGGUGGGGACACUGAGUCACACGGGUCACCUGAGCAGAGCUUUGACUCGCCGCCUUCCCGCCGUCAAACGCCUACCCUUCCCGUACCGAAGGCAGCGGCUGCUGCUCAGCGGUCUAAGCAGCAGCAACGUUCGUCCAGCAGGGAAACCUCCAAACAUCAGCGUGAACUGGAGCUGUGGUGAUGAAGUCCUGGAGGAGAUCAGCACCUCCACAGGCAGGAGAAGGAACUGCGGGACGGCGUCGCAGCUCUGCAGAAACUCACUAUUCACACACUGGCAGCGGCUGCAGUGGCUGCAGCGGCAGCAGCAGAUAUCGGGAGCAGACGUCACUACGGAGACGUACUGUGGCUCCAAAAUGAGCGCUGGACCUUACCAGAGGGCGCUGCAGCUCUUCACUGCCGCCCUGCAGGCCAGAGGUCUGGGGGCGUGGCUCAGGAAAUCUCCACAGCCGGAUCACAUCAAUGAAAAACUGUGUUUCCAGUGAUGGAUGAGGUUUUUAUAUAAAGUGUGUGUUUGUAUGAGACACUGACAGUGUGUGGUUGUGAGCUGUGUCUAGAACUACUCUGAGAGAUCAUAGACAUCUUAACGGUUCAGCUUUACUACACGAGAAACUGUGUUCCUUUGUAAACUUUUCUGUGUGUGUGUGCGUGUGCACCACACCUCAAAAAAUCUGUGAUU